ACAGUCAACAUAUGAUUACAUUACUGUGACGUGACGAAAUAAAAUACAAAUCUCACCAGCUAGCUACAAACAAAGCUAGCUGCCAAUUGACGUUUAAUUUCUGAUAUGAUUAUUUGUUUUAAUAGAUUGGUAGAUCACUGUAGAUAAUCAUAAUAUAGCAAACGCAAAUACUGUUACAUUGAAAAGGGGCCAAAAGCGUUGGUGGACAAUGUCGGGUUCCAUGGUCGAUUUCCAGGCGCAGAUAGCCUCAAUCAUGGAGGUGCUAGCCAACGCGGCUGUAGGCGAAAUCUGCAAAGUUGUUGACGAUGGCUAUGCAGUUGUACACCUGAAGAUGUCCCAAAGCCACAAGGACAACGAAUUUCUCCGGAGGAAAAUGAAAUUGAUGGAACUUCAGAUCGCGAGGUUUCGAGCGGAGAGAACAAAGUUUUCAGAUGGGUCCGUCCACAAUCGCUUCCAUGGAAUACGCCUGCUAAACAGACACAACCAGCGGGAGACGGCAACAACAGGACCUACUUGGCAAAGCAGAAAUAGACUUUCCAACAGGAGUUUUGGGAACAGCAGCAUACCAAGAGACAAACAGCCCAUAGACGUGGACCAAGAGGAUGUCUCUCCAUCAAAGCAUAUGGCUGCUACAAGUGAUGAGCAGUCAGCAGAGACAGAGGAAGGGGAACCAGACCUGCUCAUCAUCAAGGACGAGGGAGAAGCAGAUGACCAGGACUCUAGGAUCAGCCACCCAGCUAGAACAGUGGAGGGCAGCAGAGAGCUAACCACCCAACCGACUACAGACCCUGUCUUCCAGCCCAGAGGCAACAACAUCAACACAGCUAUGGAGCAGACAGAGGAAGGGGAACCAGACCUGCUCAUCAUCAAGGUGGAGGGAGAAGCAGAUGACCAGGACUCUAGGAUCAGCCACCCAGCCAGAACAGUGGAGGGCAGCAGAGAGCUAACCACCCAACUGACUGCAGCCACCACAGAGGACCCCGCCUUCCAGUCCAGUGGCCCCAGAGGCAACAACAACUACAACAACACUGCUAUGGAGCAGUCAGCAGAGACAGAGGAAGGGCAACCAGACCUGCUGAUCAUCAAGGUGGAGGGAGAAGCAGAUGACCAGGACUCUAGGAUCAGUCACCCAGCCAGAACAGUGGAGGGCAGCAGAGAGCUAACCACCCAACUGACUGCAGCCACCACAGAGGACCCCGCCUUCCAGUCCAGUGGCCCCAGAGGCAACAACAACACCGCUAUGGAGGCCAAAUCUACUGUGGAAGGGGAGAGAGACCUCCAGCCAUGGAAGAAAGAAGAGGGUCUGAGGGAGAUGCCAGGCACUGAUAGUGGCCACAGAAUGACAGACCCAAACACACAGACCUCUCUAGACACGGACCAAACAGAGCUCACUGAGCAGCUCAGAACCAAACACAGCAUAGUGACUGUCAACAGAUCAGACACUGUUUUCAAGUCAGACCCGGAGCCUGAGAGCCUGAGCCAGGUGCUCCAACUCACAGGUCCAGGACCUGCUGCUAAACAGCAGUGCAGCCUGAACCCCAAGAGAACAACCGAUAUGCCUGUAAACUCCCGUAAGCAAAGAGUCAGUGAUACAGCGAAUGAUCGGCCAUCUUGUUCUAGUUAUGCUGCCGAGACGGUCUCAGGAAGCCCCUCGCCUCUCACAAAGGUGAACCCUAUUCCCCCACUUUCUCAGAUGGUGCGGGGUGAACAUGAGUAUUCCCAGGUCGAUUCAGAGGUCAUGUCUGAGGUCAUAGUUAUCGACCCCCUUCCUGUUGACGAUGGGGAUGGCACGCCCUCGUUGUGGAGACAAGGUGACAUCAUGGAACACAGGCAUCAUCAAGGAGGACAUAGUGAAGCAGAUGCCAUGCUUCUUGGAGGACAUUCGAGUAACACUUAUCAUCAUCAUCCUCACCCAGGUGUCCAGCCAGCAGCGAGACAGAACUCACCUGACAAUCACUUCUACACCAUUGGCAUGGACGGCGCUUUCAACAACCGCCUCGGCACCUUUCAGAACCCCGCAGCCACCGCCACUGCUCCAUACGCCACGGGUACCGGGGAGCUGCAGUACCCCACCUGGGUGGAUUUCGAGGGGAGCGCCCCCGACACCCACCUGGGUGACAUGACUGGGACUCAUCAGGACAGAGGGUCUAGGGAGGAGGGGGCGAGGUCCUACAGGUGCACCUUCUGCGGGAGGGAGUACCCUCACCUGUGCCAGCUCAAGAUGCACCAGAGGGUCCACACGGGGGAGAAACCGUACGAGUGUGCCCUGUGUGGGAAGCAGUUCAGCCAGCUGUGCAGCCUGAAGCGGCACCAGAGAGUACACACAGGGGAGAAACCUUUCAGAUGCGCUCAAUGCGGGAAACAGUUCUCUCAUUCCAGUAAUUUAAAAGUGCAUCAGAGCGUCCAUACGGGUGAGAAACUGUUCCACUGCGCCCAGUGUGGGAAGAACUUCUCCUUUCUGAGCAAUCUGAUAAGACACCAGACAGUUCAUGCACGGAAAUUAUAGGUUGUGUUGUGAUUUGGGAUUGUGUUUUCUGAAUUGAUUGUAAAUUGUAUGUGUAUGAUUGCUUAAAGGUUGUUACCUGUUUAUUUUUGUAUUUUGUAAAAAUGUUAUAAAAAGAAGUGACACUAAA